AUGACGACGAUGUUGGAUCUUCCCGAUGACUUGCUAGAUGAGAUUUUCUCUAGGGUUCCCUUGGACUCUACAACAGCAGUACGAUCAACAUCGAGGGAGUUAGGUGAGUCUAGGAUGAUCGUGAUGAUGGAUCAUAAUGUUUAUCUAACGAGCGUAGUUGUCAACGAAAACGCAUCAACAAAGCGUCUAGGUAAACUCACUUGCCUAACCCACGAACAAGUCAAGAUAUCUGAAGUCUUUCACUGUGAUGGUUUGUUACUAUUCAUCUUGAAAGACGACAAGAGACUUGUGGUUUGGAACCCUUGUUUGGGGGAAACAAGGUGGAUCGAAAAAGGACGACAUGCUAACGUACGUGCCAAGUACAAGUACGCUUUCGGGUACAAGGUGCGUAAGAAGAAGGGGGAAUCUUUUCGUCGUUACAAAAUCUUGAGGUUUACGCUUCUUACAGUCUUGGACUCUCCAUCGUAUGAAACCUACGAUUUUGGUUCUAGUUCAUGGACGCACCAAGGUUAUAAUGCGUUCAAGGGUAUAAAUGAGUUUUGUGACCGUGGCGUUUCUCUCAAGGGAAACCCUUACUGGUGCGCUAUAGACUCAUGGGGACAGAUCAGUCGCACGGUCUGUUUUGAUUUCGCAAGUGUGGGAUUUGGAGGGCAUCAAGAUUUACCAUUCCGGGUUCCUUAUCAGUUUCAACAUCUUGUGAGACUGUCUUGUGUGAGAGAUGAGAAGCUUACUCUUAACUGCAUGGCGGUUUCCGGCGAUUCUAAGCUGCAGCGGACGGUGGUGACGAGCUCAACGUGGUCUCGAGGCGCGGUGGCUCCGGUGGCAACUCAGAUAUAUGGAUCACGGAUAAGAUUGAUGAACAAAAAGUGUCGUGGAGCAAGUUCGGGACCACUUACUGGCUUGAUCAGGACAGAUGGAGGUUUCUUUGUUGAAGAGGAGAAGAAACUCGCAAUGGUUUUCGGUAAAGACGGAGACGAAAAAUUAGACACAGUGAAAGUCUUUGGAGAGGAUGGAUACUUUAGAGAAUUGGAUCUUGGAGAGUCUUCAGACAAAAAGUGUUGGCCACUUGUGUGCCCUUAUGUUCCAAGUUUCGUGCAAAACAAGCCACACAAAAGCUAUCCAGAGAAGCGUUGAUAUGAUGGGAACAUGUUGAGAUAUGAUAAUAAGCGAAUCAAGCACAAGGAUAUGAUCGAUCGUCUGAACAAGAUUUCUUCUUAUUAUAAUAAAUUUUAUUCAAUCUCAUUUUCAAGAAAACUUGUAAGAGAGAAUUUAUCACAAUUUAUAAGUGCAUACAAGGCACAAACAUAAAAAAGGAAGUGGAGGCA